AUGACGAUCGCCACAAGAGGCCAAGGAGUAGGCAUAGACCCUCCUGACAGCCAACAAAGUACACAGAUGCACAGUCCACCUGGUCCGCAACAGUUAGUUGACACAAUGUCAGGACUUCAACUCACGGAGAAUGUGGUACAAACAGAUUGCACCAAUGAUACAUUAACUACAGUAGAGGAUAGUAAUCAGCUUCACGGGGAGCCUGAUUUUCCUAUUGCAAAACUGAAUAUGCUUCAUGAAAAAAUAUCUAGUCCACGAUGGGUUGUACCAGUUCUACCAGAUCAAGAGUUAGAGUGCCUGUUACAAGCCAGUAUCGAUCUUUGUAAAAAAGGAAUUGAUGUACAAAGUGAAGCAUGUCAACGCUUUUUUCGUGAAGGACUCACAAUUUCUUUUACCAAAAUAUUGACUGAUGAUGCAGUAAAUAGUUGGAAAUUAAAUAUUCAUAACUGUAUUAAUGCAAAUUGUGAGCGGUUAGUGGAACUAUGUGUCUUGAAAUUAGACGAGGACUGGUUUCCUCUUCUUGAUUUGCUGGCAAUGGUUUUUAAUCCUAGUAACAAAUUUCACACAUUUAAUGCUGCAAGAGUUUCAGAAACUGUUCCCCCUGGCAGUGAUAUUCCCGAUGAAGAACUUUAUGCACGGCCACCUGCUGAUUCAAGAAGUCCUCGUGGUUGGCUAGUGGAUCUUAUAAAUAGGUUUGGAAGUCUUAACGGAUUUGAAAUUCUGCUCUCUAGAUUUCAGAGCGGUCGAAAUUUAACAGUACCAGUUAUUUAUGCGUUGAUUAGACCUUUUGGUUUGUGUUACGAAUUGCUUACUGUUCACACAAUAGUUAAAUAUCUGAUGCCUAUCGUGGAAAUGGUGUCUGUAAUUUUGAAUAAUUUGACCGAUGAGGAAUUAAAAAAGGAAGCGAAAAAUGAAUCAAAAAAUGAUGCGAUAUCAGCCAUAAUCAAAGCCUGCAAAUGUUUGGUAUCACGAGUACCGCAUCAAGAUGAAAUGAUUAAAAAUUUGGGAAUUCUGAGAUUGAAAAUGAUUUUAAGACUUCUACAAAUUUCUUCGUUUAACGGGAAAAUGAAUGCAUUAAAUGAAGUGAAUAAAGUGAUUACCACUGUUAGUUUUUAUCAGCAUCGAAACGCGAUUGUUGAGGAAGAAGAAUGGCUUACCGCAGAAUGUAUGGCUAAAUGGAUAAAAGAAAAUGGAGUAUUAGAAAUCGUCUUAAGAGAUUCGUUACAUCAACCUCAGUAUGUUGAAAAGUUAGAAAAGAUUUUACGUUUCAUUAUAAAAGAACGAGCAUUAACUUUGGAAGAUUUGGACGCUGUUUGGGCGGCACAAGCUGGAAAACACGAAGCAAUUGUAAAAAAUGUUCAUGACCUACUUGCUAAACUUGCUUGGGAUUUUAGUCCUGAACAACUUGACCAUCUGUUUGAAUGCUUUCAGAUGAGUUGGAAGACUGCUAAUAAAAAACAAAGAGAAAAGUUAUUAGAAUUAAUUCGGAGACUAGCAGAAGACGAUAAGGAUGGAGUAAUGGCACAUAAGGUGUUAACUCUUUUUUGGAAUUUGGCUCAUUCCGAUGAGGUGCCUACAGAAAUAAUGGAUCAAGCUUUAAGCGCUCAUGUAAAAAUCCUUGAUUAUUCGUGUUCACAAGAAAGAGAUGCUCAGAAGACAAUUUGGUUGGACAAAUGUGUGGAAGAACUAAAAAAUGGCGAUAAGUGGGCUUUACCUGCGUUAAAACAAAUUCGAGAGAUAUGUUGCCUUUACGAACCAAAUCCACACAUUUCGUGUCACAAUCAACGGAAUCAUCAUUACAGACAAGAUGUUAUAGAACGACUUCAAUCACAACAUUCGGCAGUAAUUUUAGUGACCAAUAGUUUAACAAAUUAUAUGAAUAAAAUGAGACAAUUAGUUAAAGAAAAUCCAGACAUUGAUGCGAAUACUUAUAUGCCCGAUGGUCGUUAUAACCAUAUUAUGCAGGUGCAAGAAAGGCUUAAUUUCUUACGUUUCUUGUUGAAAGAUGGUCAACUUUGGUUAUGCGCCGACCAAGCUGAACAAAUUUGGCAGUGUUUAGCAGAACAAGGUGUAUUUGUCUCCGACCGUGAAGCAUGUUUCAAGUGGUUCUCUAAAUUAAUGGGAGAUGAACCAGAUCUUGAUCCGGCGAUAAAUAAAGAUUUUUUCCAAAAUAAUAUACUCCAACUAGAUCCAACAUUACUCACAGAAAGUGGUAUCAAAUGUUACGAACGAUUUUUCAAAGCUGUUAAUUCGAAGGAGGGUAAAUUAAAACUGAAGAAGGGUACAUUUCUUAUGGAUGACGUUGACCUAAUUGGUACAGAUUACUUGUGGCGAGUCGUAACUAACAGUCCUGAAGAGAUUGCAAAUCGGGCCAUAGAACUAUUAAAAGAAGUAAACACUAAUUUAGGGCCACGACUACAGUCAUCAGUUUUGGCAUUUCAUGUAACAUAUAUUGGGGAAUGCAUGGACAGAUUAAAGGCACAUUAUGACACUGUGUCGGUUUUAAGUAGAGUAUACCUCGAAGGUAAAGAGGAACGUGAAGAACAAGUGUCAAAUAAGAUUAAAAUAGAAGCUAUGAAAAUGUGUCGUGUCAUGAAAGUGUUACAGGAAUACAUAAACGAAUGUGACACUGCAUUUCCAGGAGAACGAAAAAUAUUGCCAUUGCAUAGAGCAGCUCGUGGGAAGCAUCUGUCUCUUAUACUUCGUUUUGCAAACCCUGCAAAUCGUAGUGUAGAUGACAUAGAUAUAUUUACCCAUACUAACGACACCUUGGGAUCAUUAAGACGACAAAUAUUGCGCAGAAUUAAAGCAAAUGAAUCAAAUGUAAAAAUUGACUUAUUUCUUAAUGGAGAAUCCUUAGAGCCAGCAGAUGACAGAAAACUUCUUUCUCAACCACCCUUCAGGGACAAAAUGCUGUUAUCUGCAAAGUUGGGCCAAGUAAACAGCAAUAUGCCAAGUUCACCGGAUAGUAGUUCAGAUAGUUCCGCUAGUUCUCCGCAUCACCCAUAUGAUGGGCCAAAUGUAGAAGCAGAAAAUAACCUACCGGGUGUGGUUAUGUCCCAAAGAUCGCAAUACGCUACGUUUUUCUUUCAAUUGGCAGAUCUUGGAUGCACUCUUCAACACGCGCAAUUACGUGAUGGUGCACGAAAUCUUCUACAAUUGGUGCCACCGGAUACUCUCACUGUAUCACGGUUACAGUGGUUAUUUGGUCAUUGUAAAGAUGACACCUUGGAUAAUGCUCUUUGUAAUGAUCAAAACACUACAGUAGAUGCUUUAUUUUUUACUGCAAGUCCUAGCCAAGUUUUAUACAAUUUAGAGGUUUUAUAUAGUUUGUUAAUGCCAGCAUUAGACCCGAUGUCGGAAAGAGCGUUUGAAUUUCAGUGCAAUUUUAUCAAGAGCGGUGAAGCUGGUGUUAUUCUGGAGAUGUUAACGAAAAAUAAAUUUUUACCAAACGCGGAUGAAACCACGAAACGUGCAGCGUAUUUGACCGUGUUGAAAUUAUGCAAACUUUUACUGACUAUAGUUGGUAACGUAAUGGCUUGCGUAAUGGACGAAGUACAACAAGCUGGAAUAUCUGAGAAUCACGAUAACCAUACUCAUAACAAUCGUGGUCCAGUGGCAGUUUUAAAACAGGCAUUACAAAGUGUACCAAAUCAAAACACGGAAUAUAUGUUGAGAAGCGUGGCAGCGAAAUUAGCUCAACAUUUAGCGCGUCGAAUGUUGUGCGGAGGAACGGAAUCAGACAAAUGUCGGCAUCUUUUUAUGCAGGCCCUUUCCUGGGAGCUACCGAAUGUAGCUACUAUUCGUGCCAUAAUUAGGCUAGCAUGGGCGGCAUCCACAGGCAAUUUGAACAACAUAAACGCGUCCGCCGAGACGCUUCACGUGCUUCACGAGACAAAGGAAAAGGAAACGUCAAAUAAUCCGGACAAUAAUGACGUACUAGUAUGUAAGGAGGCACUGGAAAUUUUGACAAUCGCCUUGGUAUUGAAUCCGACCGCGUUAGAAUCAUUAUCAAGGGACAAUAUGUGGCACACGUUUUUGAUAGACCUUGUACUUCUAAGUACGUCGAGAGUGAUUCGAAUGGCCGCGGCUGAACAAUUUUUUUUUAUAUCGACGUGGUACAGCAAUGGUCAUCAGCCAUUGUUAUUCGCAAUAACGUUGCUAUUCAAUGUUCUAAACACCACUGUUAUGGAACACGCGAAACAGAGUCACGAGUACUUUCAACUUUUGUGUAGAUUAUUAAAUUAUGCACACAUGUCCGGAUGCCCACUUUUAACAGCCGAAACAUUGUUGAACAUCGAGAUAGCUUGGUUGAAGAAAGUGCGAGACAACGUUAAAGAAACUGGAGAAAGUCAAGUUGACGAGGCUGUCCUCGAAGGGCAUCUUGGCCUUACUAAAGAGCUAUUGGCUUUUUUACCUCCGAGUAAAAAGUAUGAACUUGGUUCCGAUGAGAAACACGGGGCAAAUUUAAUCAAAGAAUUGGUCGAAGAUUUUGUAUUUCCUGCAUCGCGUCUUAUGCUGCAACUUCGUAGCACUGGAGAGCUAAGUGCCACGCAAGCGAGCCCAGUAUGCACGACUCCUCAAUCAACUAGUGCGGCAUUUGAUUUACUUGUAGGUCUUUGUGUAGGCUGUGUACCUAACAUGAAACUUCUAGUCACAAUGCUCACUGAUAUGUUCUACUCUGAGAGAGACGAACCGCUGGUAGAAUGGGAUUAUUUACCACCGGUUGGGCUUAGGCCAUUAAAAGGGUUUGUAGGUCUGAAAAAUGCAGGCGCGACUUGCUACAUGAACUCAGUAUUACAACAAUUGUACAUGGUUGAAAGUAUAAGAAUCGGGCUACUAGCCGCGGAAGGUGCAGCGACAGAUUUAAACGAAGAUUUCUCUGGCGAGGAAAGAAUCGAAGGUGAACAAACGAUAGAGGCGAACGAUAACGAUACAAACGAGGAGAAAUGCGGAGCGGAUGAGUCUAGAAAAGAGUAUAAUAUUGGUAUUUUGAAACAAGUUCAAGCUAUCUUUGGUCAUUUAGCUUAUAGCAAAUUGCAAUAUUACAUACCCAGAGGACUUUGGAAACAUUUUAAACUUCAAGGCGAACCUGUAAAUCUUAGAGAGCAACAGGAUGCGGUAGAAUUUUUUAUGAGCUUGGUGGAAAGCUUAGAUGAGGCAUUGAAAGCCUUAGGGCAUGAACAGAUAAUGAGCAAAAUUCUCGGUGGUUCAUAUAGUGACCAGAAAAUCUGCAAAGGUUGCCCUCAUAGAUAUUCCAAGGAAGAGCCGUUCAGUUUGAUAAGUGUGGAUAUCAGAAAUCACAGCAACUUACUGGAUUCUCUUGAACAAUAUGUGAAAGGAGAAUUGCUGGAAGGUGCAGACGCUUAUCAUUGCGACAAAUGUAAUAAAAAGGUUGUGACGGUAAAGCGAUUAUGUGUAAAGAAGUUACCACCUGUUUUAGCGAUACAAUUAAAAAGAUUCGAAUACGAUUAUGAAAGAGUUUGUGCUAUAAAAUUUAAUGAUUACUUUGAAUUUCCAAGAGAUUUGGAUAUGGAACCUUAUACUGUUUCGGGACUUGCUAAAUUGGAGGGAGAAGUUAUAGACUGUGAUUAUGAAGAAUCAGUGAAAGGAACUUGUACUAAAUAUCAAUUAACUGGUAUUGUAGUACACAGUGGUCAAGCUAGCGGUGGUCAUUACUAUUCUUAUAUUUUGCAUAGGCAAAGUGAUGGCACUGCUAAAUGGUACAAGUUCGAUGACGGCGAUGUUACGGAAUGUAAAAUGGAAGAAGAGGAAGAAAUGAAGUCUCAGUGUUUUGGUGGUGAUUAUUUAGGAGAAGUAUUUGACCACAUGCUCAAACGAAUGAGUUACCGCAAACAGAAACGAUGGUGGAAUGCUUAUAUGUUGUUUUAUACCAGAUUAGAUGUAGAGGAUAAUUCCCUAAUGAAAAGUGUUAACGAGUUAUCAUUGUAUACGAAACUAGGAGUUAUGAAAAUGCCCCCAGCUAUCGAAUACAGUGUCAGAAAGCAAAACAUAAAGUUUAUGCAUAAUCGAAAUCAAUUUAGCGCAGAAUACUUUCAAUUUAUCAAGAAACUUGUAUCUUGUAAUCCUCAUAAUAUUAACAGACAAAAUAUGAACGAGAAACUUAGCCCUGAACAAGAAGAACUCGCGAUGCUGUCUGUACAAUUGUCGUCGAGAUUUCUAUUCUACACGGGUUUCCAUACUAAAAAGACAUUGCGUGGUAAUGCAACGGAUUGGUACGAUAUUGUGUGCCAUCAUUUGCGCAGUAGUAAAUCAGUACGGUCUUGGUUUGCUCAUAACGUCUUAUUUAAUCAUCCGCAUAGAUUUUGCGAGUACCUUUUGAGCUGUCCCAGUACAGAAGUUCGAACAGCUUUUCUCAAAAUUUUGGUAUUUCUUGCACACGUUUCCCUGCAGGAUGGCCCAUGUGUGCCGCCUAGUCUAAACGCACCAACCAUACUUUUGGAUCCAACUGCCACGCUUAGUGAUCAUUUAUUGCACGCUGUUCUUUCUUUACUUCACCGUGAAAUAUCAGAUCAUGGCCGUCAUCUAUCACAUUAUUUCUCUGUGUUCCACACGUACGCGUCGCUCGGUCUUGCCGAAAAGGCUCAAUUGCUUAAGUUAAAUGUUCCGGUUACGUUUAUGUUGGUCGCAAUUGACGAAGGACCCGGCCCUACAAUAAAGUAUCACUAUCCCGAGCUAACUAAAUUGCAUCAAGUAGUUAGUAUGCUGAUACGUUGCUGUGACGUAUCAUCGAAAGCACAUUCGAGUCAUGCACAGUCAGGAGUAGCGCCUUUACCAAAUCCAUAUGGUGACCCAGCAUGUCAAAACGAAUAUCUGAUGCCUAUUCAACCGCUGGCAGCAGAUAUUCUUUUUGUUAAAAACAGUUACAUGAAGAAACUAAUUGAAGACGCUGAUGUUAACGUUACCGAGGACAUAGUGAAAUUACUUCAAUAUUGUUGUUGGGAAAAUCCACAAUUAUCACGAACUGUUCUCAGUGAAUUAUUAUGGCAAAUUGGAUAUGCUUUUACUCACGAGUUGAAACAUCAUACGGAUUUACUACUCGCCAUGCUUCUAAUGGAAGAUUCGUGGCAGACGCAUCGUGUUCACAAUGCACUUAAAGGCGUUCCAGAAGAGAGAGAAGGUUUAUUCGAAAUAAUACAGAGAAGUAAACAUCAUUACCAAAAAAGAGCCUAUCAAUGCAUUAAAUGCAUGGUGCAGUUGUUUAACAAGUGCAGACUUGCACACGAACUUCUGCAUCACAGCCCUGAAUUGAAGAGGAAAUGGAUACAUGCCAUUGAGUGGCUUCACGAAGAACUCAAGAGACCAUAUGCAUCAACGGCUCCAUAUACUCAUGCGUAUAGCAACUGGUCUCCCCCAGCUCAGUCUAAUGAUUCCACGAAUGGAUACAUUUUGGAGCGUAGUAACAGCGCGAAGAAAACAUUAGAGAGGGCAUUUGAACUUUAUCCCGACGAUGAACAAGAAAUGGAAGAGGAUACGAGCGAAGAUUGUGCCGAGGAAGCUGAUAAAGCUGAGAAAGUCGAGAAAUAUCAAUCACAGAAAGGAUCGAGACGUAAUUUAAUAUGGGGAUCUAUAGGUUAUCCUGACGUUACUGUAAUACAACAAGUGCAAGAGGAACAACAAGUUAGAACUCAGCCUAGACCGUCCCCGGUUCACAGCCCUCUAUUCACCCAGGUCACGUUCUUUCCACAAGCUCCUGACUUAGAUAGUCCACAGAACUGUGAGUCAUCGCAAAAUACCAGCCAGGAUCCAUAAUGAACGCUACAUACUGACGUUCUACCAAGUUGCUGCCCCGGUGAAAACGUUUCAAUGUACGCCGAUGUCACUGCGCCAGCAGCUUGGUGUCGAACGAUUGAGACAUCUGUACAGAUAAAACUCGCAGAUUUGUUCUUUUUUUUUUUGCAACUGGUAUUCACGAACUUGCAUUUUCAAUCUGUCAGUUUUACCGUGGACAGUUACUUUCGUAAGUGAUACGAGUGGUAUAGCCAUUUGCACCAUUGAGAAAAAAAAAGAACGAUGUUAAAACAACAACAGGCGAUUACUAAAUAAGAACAGAAUUUCUAUGUAUUGAUCGAGGCAAGCAAUUCAUGUCACGGUUUCUUCUUACUCCUAACGUUCGUGCAUUCUUUGUUUUAUUAUUAUUAUUAUUAUUAUUAUUAUUAUUAUUAUUAUCAUUAUUACUAUUAUUAUUAUUAUUAUUAUUCUCUUUUUGCAUCUAUAUAAUUAUUUGGGCUUUCGAAUUUGAAGAAGGACGUUCUGGUAAGAAGAGAAUCCUUCGAAGAAACUUGAAGAAACGCUAAGAAUAUUACUUGCCCCGAUUAAAGCAUACGAAUUCGAGUGUAAGAAUACGAUAAGAUUGUAAAAAUGUAUAGCGAAUAGUGUUAUGGAAUCCCGUCUCUGCCGAAUGGAAAACAAAGGUAUAAAAAGAAAAAAAAGAACAUAAUUCCCGUAUGUCUAUGUAAAUUUGUUACUAAUAAAAAGUUAAAAAAUGAAACUUUCUAACGACCGAAAGAUAAGGCUAUAAAGAAAAGAAAAAUAAUAAUACAGUAGCUUCAGAUUGAAUUGGAAAAUAAAUAGUUCAAAUAUUUACUAUGCAUCUAUGAAUAUGACUAUUUUAGUCUUUCAAGACGAAUGAAACGAAAAGAAUUUUUUUCUUGUACUUAAUCUCGAGCAUCAAAACGAAAAAAAAAAAAAAGAAAAAAGAAAGAAAGAAAAAGAAGAAGAAUCGCUUCUUUAUGCAGUGAUUUGCACUGUUUAAGGAUUCAACAUACACCAAUGAUGCCUCCCAUUGUGCUUUCUUUUAGUUCAUCCAAUUUGAGAGAGAAAAAGAAAAGAGUUGUGCCUUCGAUAUCGUGCGACUCCGUUUAUAAUUUUUAGGUAGAUGUUUAGGAAUCUAGUUGUUGCUUCGAAUUUGAUUGCUUAUAGGUUUUUUCUGUUACGUUUUGAUUAUCCGUGUGAAACUGUAAGAAAGAAUUUGAUGAAAUUAUGCGAGAUCCAAGUACGUGGUGCAGAGACAUUUAAAAAGAAAUUACGAAUAGAAAACACUCCAGCUAACGACGGGAUAUUUCUAAGUUUAAUAUGCGGCAGAUAGUCAGGAUAGUCAGCCCUAUUUUUUUUUUCCUUCAAGUAAUAAGGAGUCGCGGUGCCGCGAGAAAGAAAAUAAGCCUUGUUCGAAGUCCAAAUUUUUACAAAAGAGAAAAAUAAAUAAAAGGAAUUGAAGAAAGCGUGACGGUAGCGACACAAAAGGGUAUGGAAACAAAAAAAAAAAAAUAAUAAUCACUAAUUUGUAUCGUUCUAAGAUACGAUCAAUCGUUGAAAUGAAAAGAGCUGUGGUCUUUUCGUCUGUAAUGUGUAAAGUAAUUCAUAAUUUUCAGUGUCGGUAAGAAAGGAACUAUUUUUAUUAGUUGUGCUGCUCGUUCUACGAGUAUAAAAGAAGAAAUACGAGAAUUAACGAACAGGAAACCGAACGAACCAUUCUUUUUUUUUUUUUUUUUUUUUAAAUUUAUGAACUGGCCAUAGCUUUUGAUUUAUUAAAUAACAUGUGUUAUAUAUAUAGAUAUUAUAUAAAUAAUACUAAAGAGAGGAGUAAAGAGAGAAAUAAAGAAGUCACGUAAAUAAAUGGAGAAUGCGAAGCGAACCGUGUGUGUAUACAUAUAGGAAUUCGUGGGGGGAAAAAAAAGUAAUGAGAAAAAACCAACGACUAUGUCAAGACACCAGGAAGUAAACGACAUAUUGAUUAUUGUUCGUAUUUAUCAAAUAUCCACGUUAAACAGUGUACCAAAUUAUAUAAUAGCUACUCUAUCGAUUAAAAUAAUAAUAAUAUUAAUAAUAAUAAUAAUGGUACCUAAUCUUACUCAGACAUGUACAUACGCAACUGCUUUUUAUAUGUGAUAAAAAAAAAAAGUUAUUAUAUUCCUAUUAUACAUUGAGGUUAGUAAACGCUAUUGUAAAUCCUGGUUUUUUGUACACAGACUGUAUGCUAAGUUCUAAUUCUUUUGUUAACGGAAGAGAAUUGUAGUCUAUAAUUAUUUAAUAAUUUAAUUAUAUCGGUAAAAAAAGUAAGCGUAAAACACGUCUUGUAUGAUAUACAUAUAUAUGAACAACUUGAUUACUUUCAAAAAAUCAAUAUCACAUUUUAACCCAUUAAUUCCCAAAUAUCGAAAAUAUAUUAUUUUCAAGAUAGACGUUCUAUUAACAGGCAGAGCUGUCUAACGAUAAGAGUUAUAGGGGUCUGAGGCAGAUAUCAAUAUUCUUGAAAAUAUUUAAUCAGAAAUCUUGAAAUCUAUUCUAAUAAACCUAUUAAGUAACUAUUGAUACGUAACACGCGUAAUCUUAUAUUUCUCAUUUAUUGUAAAGUUUUAUGAUAAAUAUAGCAGAGCGUAAAACGGCUUUUCAAAAGAAAAAUUUGUUAUUAAUAAAUGUGAAAUUUAUUUUUCGAUAAAUAAAAUAUUAUAGUAGAAUUGUAAAAGGUUCAGCCGUUUUAAAAAUCCUUAUUUUUCAGAAUAAUAUACUAUUACAAUAUUUAAGAGAUAAUCUCUAACCGCGGACAGCAACUGCCCGGUUGCCCUAUGCUAGGGGCAGCUCUGUUAACACGAUAACUGCCGCUCACGCGACAUCGCGUGCGCGAUCGUCGACACUAAGGCAAAUAAAUAUUUAUUUAUAAUACUAAAAUAAAAAUUUAUGAAACUGGUUAUUAAUGGGUUAAGUGGUCGAAUUUCGAAUGUUUUGUGUCCAUGUAUCUGAUUGCUAUAGCGUUCGUGUAUUAUUAUUAUUUUUUUCUUCUAUUCUUUUCUCUCGUUUCCUAUUUUUUCGUUUAUUCUUUCGAACGACUGAUGAUGAUGGAAGGUAUACAUAUAUAGAAGAGGACACGAAAUGUCACACAGCCAGCACAUGGUUCUAAUUGAACGAUAUAAAACAAACCUAUUCUUCGAAUUAUCGUGAUUUCAUCGAACUUGUCGCGUGCACUAUACCAAUUAUGCUAUCACGAAUAUGUGUGCUAUAAAGUGACAGAUCCACGAGAGUCGAUCAACAUCCGCAGCCAUCUUCAUUGGGGCGAUAAUAGCAAAAUUUAAACGCGUUCGAUUUUUGUAAUAAAUUAACAACCAAAAAGCGUCUCUUUUUGCGAAGAGCAUCUGAAAGAAAAUAUUUACGAAAAAAAAAAAAAGAAAAGAACAACGAGGAAUCAAGGAACAUCACGAGUCAAAAAUCAAAGGCAAAUGCAUGUGAGGAAGGAAAUAAAAGUAUAUCUACAGCUGUACAGUUUAAUAUGCUUAGAAAAGCGAUGCGAGAAAAUUAGGAAAAGAAAAAAAUAUAUAAUUCGAAUCUUACGCGGUGAACUUUCUCGAAACGUGAAAAAAAAGAGGCACCCCCUCGUCGAUGUUCGUUUAGUUUUUAGUUGUAAACGGUAAUUUUAUGUACUAACUCGAUCGACGCUCUAGUCAGUAAAAUAAAAUAAAGGAGAUUAACGAACCUCGUUCGAUUUAGUAGCGUAUAUCUCGAAAGUUCUCUCUCUUUCUCUCUCUUUUUUUUUUUUUUAAACAACGAUCCUUUGUUUCUAUCGCAAAUAUGAAAGUAUCGAAUGCAAUUGAAAAUUGACGUUUCUGUAACAAAAUUUUCCAACGAAAUUAAUAAUUUUAGUAUUUCGCAGCAAAAACAUACACGUGCGAUAUCGAAAUACCCUUGGCGCUGUUAUUCGACCAGUUUUUCUUUAAUGUUUCAACGUAAUCUUGACCUUUUCGUACAGAUAUUCCAUUUUUUUUAUCAAAUCGGUCGUUUAUAGAUUAAAAUCGUCAGAUUAACAAUUUACUAGUAUCGUAAAACCUUGAAAAUGAGAUUACACUUUUCCCUAUGUUAUUUCAAAAUCUAAUUAAGGAAUACCUUCUUUCCGUUUGAUGAAAUGUUCUUAAAAGAUUUGUCGCUUAAGAUUGUAAUUUUUGUAAGAAAUGAGCAAUUUUCACCGCGACGAUCAGCGUGUUAACGAAGCGAACGGUUCCAUUUCCUCGAUGAUGUCGCGUUGAAGAAUCAAUGAAAUCGCGUUAUUCGUCGACGUCAAAAUGAUGAAAGAGCCGUGAUCGCAAGGAAACUUAGUUCUUAGAUAAGAAAGAGUUAUGUAAAGCUGAGAGAAACCGUGGCUCCAAUGUCUGGAAAAAUUUUCUAUCUACCACUCGUCCAACGAAUGUCCAUCGAACUUGAUAAAAGAAAUAAUAAUAAAAAAAAAAA